AUGGGGUCCUUGGGCAGCCGGAUCCUGGGGUACAGCGAUCCAGCCCUAGCUGAUCCGCAUCAGUCAGAAGCCCGAGCAGGCCCCAGCUCUGGAAAUGGCGACCAUAAACGCAAGUGGAGCAGGCCAGCCGCGGGCCCAGAGUCUGAGGACGGCCCCAGGUCUCCAGAUCGGGACCAGGAGCUCCAGCAGGUCGUCCCACCGAACCACGGUAAAAAAGUUAAGAUCGCAUCCGAGUGUGCUUACCAAACUUUAUUUUUGAGUGGGGACACCAGUGACAUUAAAAUCUGUGCUCUGGGGAAAGUAUGGUGCUUACACAAACGCUUUUUAUGCCAGUCGGGCUACUUUGCUACGAUGUUUAGAGGUUCUCGGGAAGGCUCUCACAACGAGAUGAUUGAGCUGCAGAUUAAUGACCAGAACAUAGACACAGAAUCCCUCCACUUUGUACUAGGCUCGUUGUACAGGGACCAAUGUGUCAUAAGGGAGCCCCUUCACGUGAUAGGAGUUUUGGCAACGGCACACCUGCUUCAAGUAGAGGACUUAAUUCGGCAGUGUGAGCAGACCAUGGAGGACACAAUUAGUGGGAAAACUGUCUGUGGCUAUUACGCAGCAGCAGACACCUACGGCUUAGAUUCUGUGAAGACGGCGUGCUUUGAAUGGCUCCUCCACCAUUUGAUGACACAUCCAAGUGUUGAGCUUUACAAGGGACUCAGAAUAGACCUCAUGAAUCUGCUCACUUCUUCUGCUAAUUUAUUCGUAAUGCAAAAGGAAAUAGAUGUAUACACCACCCUUAAAGAGUGGAUGUUCCUUCAUCUUAACCCAGCUUGGAAAGGAUCGGUGGAAGAGCUCCUAGUUCAUACGAACGACUGGUUUCGCAGGCACCGAGAAUGCGGUGGUGGCACCGCCUUCCUUGAAACCAGACAAGGCAGAGCAUUUCAAUCGGUUUUUAAAAACUUGAGGUUCCAGCAUAUCAUCUGCGACCUGGGCUCCACAAGAGUUAUUGAGCGAGACGCUCUGAUACCUUCGGAAUGGUUAUCGCAUGUUUAUAAACAGCAGUGGUUCGCCUUGCUUAGAACACAGCAAUGCGAGGAAAUCGGGCCCCGAUACAUCGAUAGAAAAGAACUGGAAGAAUGCAGCAUGCGAUGCGGCAAGAUGAUUGUCGGGGAUGGACGCUACGCCUGGGGGUGGUCAGCGUUCAAUUUUGGCUUUCCUUUACGUGUCAUCUUCUCCAGCCAUUACGUCAUUUUCAAGCAAAAUAGGCUCCGUCAGCCAUGCGAUGCCCCAGCUUGUUUACAGCCUCUAAGAAACGUUGCAUUCCGAUUAACUGUGGUGCAUUUCGAGUCCAGCGGAGAGAUAAGUUUCCACAAGACAACCGGAUACAAAAUCCUCACCUUGGAAAAGGACGAGGAACGCGUGGUAAUGAAGUUGGAUAGCAGAGCUGUGAGAUUCCCUUUACACAUAUUCUGUAACUUCCUGUUUAUAUCAUCAGAAAAUCCAUGA